GCCGGAAGUAAAUAAUAGGUGGGAGUUGGCGGACGUAUUGCAAUUCAGUCGUUGUACACUUACAUUUCAGAGAUGGUGAUACAGGUACAUGUUGAGGGGAUAGCGAAGUUCGAAGAGGUUGCUAAGGAUUACGUAGGCAAAAAGAUAUUUGCAUUGUUUUCCGGUUCAGUGGACGAAAAUGGCAAAAACUGGUGUCCCGACUGUGUUACUGCUGAUCCAGUGGUAUCGAGUAAUGUGAAACAUGCCGCAGAGGAUGCUGUCUUUAUCCACUGUGGAGUGGGAAAUAGGGAUUAUUGGAAAGAUCAGAAAAAUGAUUUCAGAACAAACCCAAAGUUGAAACUGAAGUGUGUUCCUACUUUGAUGAUAGUUGGAAAGCCUAACAGACUAGAAGAAGGACAGUGUGCUAAUGGAGAGUUGGUGAAAAUGCUGUUUGAAGACGAAUGAAAAUCAUAUUUGUCAACCGUUAUGCUCACUUAUGAAAUUGUAAUGAGGAAUCUGAUGCCAGGUUAAAUGUUUAAAACAUAUUAAGCAAGUCUAUGUCAUCCUAAAUUGUUAGUGGGAAUACUACUGGGGUGUGCUUGGUAGCGUUAAUGAAAUGGUUGUAUUAAUUUAUAAUUUAUCUUGGUGGAAUAGCUUACAGCUGUACAUACUUGCCUUGGAUACACUAUUAAGUCUCCAUUAUUUCUAGUCAUAAGACAGGCUUGAAAAGACUCUAUUAUUACGAAAAAUCUUCCGUUUAAUAGAAACAACAUUCCAAGUUCAUCAGAAUUGCGAAAACACUGUUUUGUAUAACACUAGAAAUGUGCAUGGUAUGUGUACAUGAUGAACAAAUGAAACGUCUUUACUUCACAACUAGUAUUUGUUGACUGUGUGUUAUCGAAGCUAUAAAAUGGCCAUACAGGACAAAAAGUUAUUUGUUUUCAGGUUGAUUAUUGAACCAAAGAUCAUGAAUAAUAAAUAUGCUUUUAAACGCAAAA